AUACAUACAUACACUCCCUCUUACACUGUUUCUCUUCCUCUGAAAAACUUUGUGGCCUUCUUUUCUCUCUCUGUUUUGGAUUUACAAUAAAUCCUCAAUAUCUUCAACCUCAGUCUCAUAUACACAAGAAUACAGAGUGCUCUGUUUUCUCCUCUGUUUUUCUGUUCUUCCACACCAGCACCUGAGUCUGCUCUCUCACUCUUCUGAAUCUGUUUGUUUCUUCUUUUGAAGCGUGUUUUGAUUAGAUAUGACGAAGCAGAAUGUGGUAGUUUCCGAUGCUGAAGCAGAAAUCAUGAACAUGGCUAUAUCGGUGGCCGUUUCGAACUCUUCCAUUUUCACGGCGGUGGCCGAAAAGCCUCCCGUGGGCCCGCCUGGGUACAUCUCCAUUUCCAGGAAGAGGUUCAUGAACUUGAAGAAUCUUGACAGCAUCAAUGGAGCUGAAAGAAUCAACUCUUGGGUGGACUCAAUGAGAGCUUCUUCUCCCACCCACUUAAAGUCCUCAUCUUUUUUGAAAGAGGACCAGAGCUCAUGGAUUCUUCAGCACCCAUCAGCCUUGGACAUGUUUGAGCAGAUUAUUGAUGCUUCCAAAGGCAAGCAAAUCGUCAUGUUCAUGGACUACGAUGGCACACUAUCCCCCAUAGUUGAAGACCCAGAUCGAGCUUUCAUGUCUGCUGCAAUGAGAAAGACAGUGAAGAAAGUGGCUAGAUGUUUUCCCACUGCCAUAGUGAGUGGAAGAUGCAGAGAUAAGGUGUAUAAAUUUGUAAGGUUGGCAGAGCUGUACUACGCUGGUAGCCAUGGUAUGGACAUUAAAGGUCCAGCCAAAGGUUCCAAAUACAAGAAAGGCAGUCAAGGUGUUCUUUGCCAACCAGCAAGUGAAUUUCUCCCAAUGAUUGAUGAGGUUUACAAACUACUUGUUGAAAAGACCAAAUCAACUCCUGGAGCCAAAGUGGAGAACAACAAGUUCUGCCUCUCUGUUCAUUUUCGUUGCGUUGAUGAAAAGAAAUGGAGUGAACUGUUCUUGCAAGUUAGAUCCGUUUUGAAGGAGUACCCAAAGCUCAGACUUACCCAAGGAAGAAAGGUGCUGGAAAUCCGUCCUACCAUCAAAUGGGACAAAGGCAAGGCUCUUGAAUUUCUGCUAGAGUCACUAGGAUAUGCCAACUGCACCAAUGUCUUUCCUGUUUAUAUCGGAGAUGAUCGAACGGAUGAAGAUGCAUU